GGCAGCCAUUUUUACAGUUUGUCGUUAGCCAUCGCCGUGCAAAGUUCGUGAAACGUUCCGCGUAGUGAAAAGUGAAAAUUUAUUGGAAAAUUUGUCCCAAUUCGAAGUGAAAAUUGUGCAAAAACGUACCCAAAGCUGAGAAAUACAAAUACGCAGGAAAAUUGGACGCGAACGCACUGAUAGCACAGCAGAACCAAACGAUUAUUUAUUAGAGGCUAAACGCGUGAAUUAAAGUCGACUGUCGAAAACAUCUAAACCAUGGAGCAAUUUACCCCCAAGGAGGUAAAAAUCCUCGAAAGUGCCGAGGAUAUUCAGGAGCGCCGUGAGCAGGUGCUCAACCGGUACAAUGAGUUCAAGGUGGAAACGCGCCACAAGCGCGAAAAGUUGGAAGACUCGCGCCGCUUCCAGUACUUCAAGCGCGACUCGGAUGAGUUGGAGAGCUGGAUCCAUGAGAAGCUGCAGGCCGCUUCGGAGGAAAGCUACCGCGAUCCAACCAACCUGCAGGCCAAGAUCCAGAAGCAUCAGGCAUUUGAGGCUGAGGUUUCGGCCCACAGCAAUGCGAUCGUGGUGCUGGACAACACCGGUCAGGAGAUGAUCAACCAGCAUCACUUUGCUUCGGACACCAUCCAGCGCCGAUUGGAUGAGCUGCACCGCUUGUGGGAACUGCUGCUGUCCCGGUUGGCCGAAAAGGGAAUGAAGCUGCAGCAGGCUUUGGUCCUGGUGCAAUUUUUGCGCCAUUGCGAGGAGGUCAUGUUCUGGAUCAAGGACAAGGAAGCCUUCGUUACGGCCGAUGAGUUCGGUCAAGAUCUGGAGCAUGUCGAAGUUCUGCAGCGCAAAUUUGACGAGUUUCAGAAGGAUAUGGCUUCCCAAGAGUAUCGCGUUACCGAAGUCAACGAGCUGGCUGAUAAGCUCCUAUCCAAUGGACAUCCUGAGCGUGAUACCAUCACCCGUAAGAAGGAGGAACUUAACGAGGCUUGGCAACGCCUGAAGCAGUUGGCUAUUUUGCGCCAGGAAAAACUAUUCGGCGCCCAUGAAAUUCAACGUUUCAAUCGCGAUGCUGACGAAACCGUCGCUUGGAUUGCCGAGAAGGACGUUGUCCUGUCAUCGGAUGACUACGGUCGUGACUUGGCCAGCGUUCAAGCUUUACAACGCAAGCACGAAGGCGUCGAACGUGAUCUUGCCGCACUGGAAGAUAAGGUUGCUACUUUGGGAGCUGAAGCCGGACGUUUAUGCAGCAUCCACGCCGAUCAUAGCGACCAAAUUCGUGAGAAGCAAGCGGAAAUUGCCGCUUACUGGCAAUCUUUGACUGCCAAGGCUAAGGAACGCAAGCAAAAGCUGGAUGAAUCCUACUUCUUGCACCGUUUCUUGGCCGACUUCCGUGACUUGGUUUCAUGGAUCAAUGGAAUGAAAGCGAUCAUCUCGGCCGACGAAUUGGCCAAGGACGUAGCUGGUGCUGAGGCACUGCUUGAACGCCACCAGGAACACAAGGGGGAGAUCGAUGCGCGCGGAGAUAGCUUCAAGGUCACCACCGAAGCUGGUCGUCAGCUGCUGGAACGCGAACAUUACGCAGCUGCCGAAGUCCAAGAAAAGUUAGCUGCUCUUGAGAGCGAUAAGAGCUCCCUACUCGCCCUCUGGGAAGAACGUCGCAUUCUGUACGAGCAGUGUAUGGAUCUCCAGCUGUUCUAUCGUGACACCGAACAAGCAGACACUUGGAUGGCCAAACAGGAAGCUUUCCUGGCCAAUGAAGAUUUGGGAGAUUCGCUGGAUUCGGUUGAGGCACUCAUCAAGAAACAUGAGGACUUUGAGAAGAGUUUGGCAGCACAAGAGGAGAAAAUUAAAGCUUUGGAUGUCUUUGCCACCAAGUUGAUCGAUGGUCAGCAUUACGCUGCCGAUGAUGUGGCUCAACGUCGUUCAAUGUUGCUUGCUCGCCGUGCAGCUCUUCUGGAGAAGUCCUCGGUACGUCGCCAACUGUUGGAGGACUCUAGCGGUUUGCAGCAAUUUGAACGUGACUGCGAUGAGACCAAGGGAUGGAUCAGCGAAAAACUCAAGUUUGCCACGGAUGACAGCUAUCUGGACCCCACUAAUCUGAACGGUAAGGUGCAAAAACAUACCAACUUCGAACAUGAACUAACGGCUAAUAAGAGUCGCAUCGAAGACAUCACUACUAACGGGCAGAAUUUGGUGGAGAAGGGUCACUACGGUGCGGAUCAGAUUAACUCUCGCAUGCAAGAAAUUGUCACUCUGUGGGAGUCCCUUGUUCAGGCAUCCGAUAAGAAGGGCUGUAAAUUGCAGGAAGCGUCUCAGCAGCAACAGUUCAAUCGUACGGUUGAGGAUAUUGAGCUUUGGCUUAGCGAAGUUGAAGGCCAGCUGAUGUCCGAAGACUAUGGCAAGGAUCUAACCAGUGUGCAGAAUCUGCAGAAGAAGCACGCCUUGCUCGAAGCAGACGUUAUGGCCCAUCAAGAUCGCAUUGAGGGAAUCAAAGUGGCAGCAAACAAGUUUGUUGAAAGUGGACAUUUCGAUGCAGACAACAUUCGAAACAAGGAAUCUGCGCUCUCUAAGCGUUACGGUGCGCUGGCUACCCCAAUGGCUGAGCGCAAGCAACGUCUGUUGGAUUCUCUGCAAGUGCAGCAACUUUUCCGUGACUUGGAGGAUGAAGCUGCAUGGAUCCGGGAAAAGGAGCCAGUGGCUGCUUCUACCAAUCGUGGUCGCGAUUUGAUCGGUGUCCAAAACUUGAUCAAGAAGCAUCAAGCCGUGUUAGCUGAGAUCAACAAUCAUGAGAACCGUGUUGCUGGCGUCAUUGCGAACGGUGAGCAGAUGUUGACCGAGCAGCCUUUCGCCACCGAGGACAUUAAGUUGCGUUUGGAUGCUGUCAAGGAUCAAUGGAAUUCGUUGAAAGAGAAGGCUAACCAGCGAAAGCAAGAUCUGGAGGAUUCGUUGCAAGCUCACCAAUACUUUGCUGAUGCUAAUGAAGCUGAGUCGUGGAUGCGUGAGAAGGAACCGAUUGUGUCGAACCAGGACUAUGGAAAGGACGAGGAUUCGUCGGAAGCUCUGUUGAAGAAACACGAAGCCUUGGUCUCUGAUUUGGAAGCUUUUGGCAAUACAAUCCAAGCUUUGCAAGAACAAGCCAAGAACUGUCGCCAGCAGGAAACGCCAGUCGUUGAUAUUACUGGAAAGGAAUGCGUUAUGGCUUUGUAUGACUAUACUGAGAAAUCUCCUCGUGAAGUCUCUAUGAAGAAGGGAGAUGUGCUUACUCUCCUGAAUUCGAACAACAAGGAUUGGUGGAAGGUGGAGGUCAACGAUCGGCAAGGAUUUGUCCCAGCAGCCUAUAUUAAGAAGAUCGAUCCUGGUCUUAGUGCCAGCCAGCAAAAUUUGGUUGAUGGUCAUUCGAUCGCCAAGCGUCAGUCUCAAAUCAACAGCCAGUACGAUAACUUACUGGCCCUUGCUCGUGAGCGACAGAACAAGUUGAACGAGACCGUGAAGGCAUACGUUCUGGUCCGCGAAGCUGCGGAUUUGUCUGCUUGGAUUCGCGACAAGGAAAGCCAUGCUCAGAUCAAGGAUGUCGGCGAAGACCUAGAGGAAGUUGAGGUUAUGCAGAAGAAGUUCGAUGACUUUAACGAUGACCUGAAAGCCAACGAAGUUCGUUUGGCUAAAUUGAACGAAAUUGCCGUUCAACUAACCUCGCUGGGACAGACCGAGGCUGCUUUGAAAAUCAAGACGCAAAUCCAAACCUUGAACGAAGAGUGGGCUACUUUGCAGACAAUUACCCAGGAAAGAGCCAGCCAGCUUGGAUCGGCCCACGAGGUUCAGCGAUUCCACCGUGAUGUAGAUGAGACCAAGGAUUGGAUCGGUGAGAAGGACACUGCCUUGACGAAUGAUGACCUGGGCAAGGAUCUUCGUGGCGUCCAAACGUUGCAACGUAAGCAUGAGGGUUUGGAGCGUGAUUUGGCAGCUCUCCGCGAUAAGAUCCGUCAGUUGGACGAAACGGCCAAUCGGCUCAUGCAAUCCCACCCAGACACCGCCGAGCAGACCUACGCCAAGCAGAAGGAAAUUAACGAGGAGUGGCAGCAGGUCGUUGCCAAGACCCAACAACGCAAGGAGAAACUGUUGGACUCGUACGAUCUACAGCGGUUCCUGAGCGACUACCGCGAUCUGAUGGCCUGGAUCAGCUCGAUGAUGGGCUUGGUUACUUCCGAGGAGUUGGCCAAUGAUGUGACCGGAGCCGAAGCACUGAUCGAAAGACAUCAGAAUCAUCGUGCUGAAAUUGAUUUUCGUUACGGUAUCCCGCAGGAACACCGUACUGAAGUGGAUGCCCGAGCUGGAACAUUCGCCGCAUUCGACCAGUUUGGAGCGGAGCUGCUGCAGGCCAAUCACUAUGCAUCUCCCGAAAUCCAGGAGAAGAUUGAAAACCUGGCCAAGGCCCGUGAGGACUUGGAACGGGCCUGGACUGCCCGCCGUCUACAACUGGACCAGAAUCUGGAUCUCCAGCUGUACCUGCGUGACUGUGAACAGGCUGAGAACUGGAUGAGCGCACGUGAAGCUUUCUUGAAUGCCGAAGAAGUCGACUCCAAGGGCGACAAUGUGGAAGCAUUGAUUAAGAAGCACGAGGACUUUGACAAGGCCAUUAACGGUCAUGAGGAAAAGAUUGCCGCCCUACAAGUGCUGGCUGACCAGCUGAUUGCCCAGGAGCACUAUGCCGGAAGGCUAAUCGAUGACAAGCGUGCCGAAGUUCUGGACCGCUGGCGUCACUUGAAGGAAGAUUUGAUCGAGAAGCGUUCUCGCUUGGGAGAUGAGCAAACUCUGCAACAAUUCUCACGCGAUGCCGACGAAAUUGAAAACUGGAUCGCCGAGAAGUUGCAAUUGGCAACGGAAGAAAGCUACAAGGACCCGGCCAACAUCCAAUCCAAGCAUCAAAAGCACCAGGCAUUCGAAGCUGAGUUGGCAGCCAACGCCGAUCGUAUUCAAAGCGUCCUGGCGAUGGGCAGCAAUUUGAUCGACAAAAAUCAAUGCAGUGGAUCGGAGGAUGCCGUGCAGAAGCGUCUGACACAGAUCGCUGAUCAGUGGGAAUACUUGACCCAAAAGACUACGGAGAAAUCCCUGAAGCUUAAGGAAGCCAACAAGCAGCGUACAUACAUUGCUGCAGUUAAAGAUCUUGACUUCUGGUUGGGUGAAGUGGAGAGCCUCCUUACCUCUGAAGAUGCCGGAAAGGAUUUGGCUUCCGUUCAGAAUCUGAUGAAAAAGCACCAGCUGGUAGAGGCUGACAUCCAUGCCCAUGAAGAUCGUAUUAAGGAUAUGAACGCCCAAGCCGACUCAUUGGUUGAAAGUGGCCAAUUCGAUAGUGCAGGAAUUCAAGAGAAACGUCAAUCGAUCAACGAGCGCUACGAACGUAUCUGCAACUUGGCUGCUCAUCGCCAAGCUCGUUUGAAUGAGGCCAACACCCUGCAUCAAUUCUUCCGUGACAUUGCCGACGAGGAGUCUUGGAUCAAAGAAAAGAAACUGUUGGUUGGUUCGGAUGAUUAUGGACGUGACCUAACCGGUGUCCAGAAUCUGAAAAAGAAGCAUAAACGUUUGGAAGCUGAAUUAGCUUCUCACGAGCCCGCCAUUCAAGCCGUCCAGGAAGCCGGAGAAAAACUGAUGGAUGUUUCGAACUUGGGUGUUCCAGAAAUCGAGCAACGUCUAAAGGCUCUGAAUCAAGCCUGGGCGGAAUUAAAGAGUUUGGCUGCUACUCGUGGUCAGAAAUUGGAUGAAUCUCUGAUUUAUCAGCAGUUCUUGGCGAAGGUUGAGGAAGAAGAAGCCUGGAUCACUGAGAAGCAACAACUGUUGUCCGUUGAAGAUUAUGGAGAUUCGAUGGCCGCUGUCCAAGGACUAUUGAAGAAACAUGACGCCUUCGAGACCGAUUUUGCUGCCCAUCGUGAUCGCUGUGCAGAUAUUCAUGAUAAUGGUCAGACUUUGGUGACCAACAACAACCAUCAUGCCGAGAGUAUUUCGCAGCGUUGCACCCAGUUGGACAAGAAGUUAGAGAACUUGCAGGCCUUGGCCACUCGUCGCAAGAACGCUUUGUUGGACAAUUUCGCUUACCUGCAGUUUAUGUGGAAGGCCGACGUUGUUGAAAGCUGGAUUGCCGAUAAAGAGAAUCACGUCAAGUCGGAGGAGUUUGGACGCGAUUUGUCCACUGUUCAAACAUUGUUAACCAAACAGGAGACAUUCGAUGCCGGUCUCUCUGCAUUCGAACAGGAAGGAAUUCAUAACAUCACUGCUCUGAAGGAUCAGCUAAUUAACGCCAACCACGCCCAGUCGGCUGCCAUUCUGAAGCGCCACGAGGAUGUGUUGACUCGCUGGCAAAAGUUGCGAGCUGAUUCGGAAGCUCGCAAGUAUCGUCUGCUAGCCAUGCAGGAACAGUUCCGUCAGAUCGAGGAUCUCUAUCUUACGUUCGCUAAGAAAGCUUCCGCCUUCAAUUCAUGGUUCGAAAAUGCCGAGGAAGAUCUAACUGAUCCGGUGCGGUGCAACUCGAUCGAAGAAAUUAAGGCUCUGCGAGAAGCGCACGCCCAAUUCCAGGCAUCGCUGUCGUCGGCUCAAUACGACUUCCAAGCAUUGGCUGAUUUGGAUCGUAAGAUCAAGAGCUUCAACGUUGGUCCCAAUCCAUACACUUGGUUCACCAUGGAAGCUCUAGAGGAUACGUGGCGUAAUCUGCAGAAAAUCAUCGAAGAACGUGACGCCGAGCUUGCCAAAGAAGUCCACCGACAGGAAGAGAACGACAAGCUCCGUAAAGAGUUCGCUAAGCAUGCCAACUUGUUCCAUCAAUGGCUUACCGAGACCAGAUACAGCAUUUUGGGAUGGGACAAAAAUGGAACGUCGCUUAUGGAAGGUUCCGGUUCAUUAGAGGAGCAAUUUGAAGCGCUUUGUCACAAAGCGAACGAAAUUCGCGCCCGACGUGGCGACCUAAAGAAGAUUGAAGAGCUGGGCGCCACACUGGAGGAGCAUCUCAUCCUGGAUAAUCGCUACACCGAACAUUCUACCGUUGGCCUCGCUCAACAAUGGGAUCAGCUGGACCAACUUGCUAUGCGUAUGCAACACAACCUGAAACAACAAAUCCAAGCCCGCAACCAAUCCGGUGUUUCGGAAGAUUCACUCAAAGAGUUCUCGAUGAUGUUCAAGCAUUUCGACAAGGACAAGAGCGGCAAGCUGAACCACCAAGAAUUCAAAUCCUGUCUCCGUGCCCUGGGUUACGAUCUACCGAUGGUGGAAGAAGGCCAGCCCGACCCGGAGUUCGAAGAGAUUCUGAACGUGGUCGACCCGAACCGAGACGGACAGGUUUCCCUGCAGGAAUACAUCGCCUUCAUGAUUUCCAAGGAAACGGAAAAUGUUCAGAGUUUCGAGGAAAUCGAGAAUGCUUUCCGCGCAAUCACCGCCUCCGAUCGUCCAUAUGUCACCAAGGAUGAACUCUAUUCCAAUCUCACCAAGGACAUGGCGGACUACUGCGUCCAAAGGAUGAAACCUUUCAACGAUCCGAAGACGGGACAUCCCAUCACCGGCGCCCUCGACUACGUGGAGUUCACGCGAACUUUAUUCCAGAAUUAAACCUGUUUAAAGCGAUAACAACAUAUUCAAUUUUCAGCUAAUAAAAAAGUAUGUUCGUACUCGUAUUAACCGCGAAAUCCAGUUGGCUUAUUAUAUUGAUUUUAUUUUAUCUUAUAGAAAUCACAUGCUUAUAGAAAGUAUUUAUGAAAGCACAUUUACAUUUACCAACACCGAUCAAUUUUAAAUGCUUUUAGUGUUUUGAAACUCGAAUAUUGAAAACUGGAGUUUCUGCUCUACAGUGCUUCUCUCGCUUUGAAGUAUAACGUUCUGAUCAAUUUCUAGAUAUGAAGAAAUUGGCUUUGAAUAUUAAAACUUAUCGAAUUAUAAUAUGACGAUCGAUCGACUAAAAACAUAUUGAUAACAACAAAAACAUUAAGUCAGAGUUCUUGCAAACAAAAGGCAUUUAGAUUGAUGAGAAACAUUUUGAAUGGUACAUAAGCGUUCCUUGUUACGGCUAACAAUGUAGCAGCUUUUAAUCAUUACAGAUAUUUAUUACCCAUAGAAUUGCCUUGGACAAUUAUUUAUUCGAAAAUAAAAUAUAAAAUUCGCAUGAUUGGAA